GCGCUGUAGUUAGAAAAUCAAGAUGGCUUCUUUGGUGGCUGAAGUUCUGGCUACUUCAGGUGGUCUGGAGAAGGAAGACUUUUCUACGAGAAUGGGUAAAAUUUCAAAUAAAGUUGAGGGUGUGAAGUUUGAACUGAAUUCUUUUAUUACUAAGAAAUAUGCCGAUUUUGAUCCUACGUUUGUCACCACCAUGGAUCUACAUGGUAAAGUGGAAUCACUAACUAAGGAGAUGACAUCGUUGAAUGUAAAAAUUGAGAAUGAUGUCAGCAGUCAGCUGAGCCGCUCCACCAGUGACUUCCAUGAUUUAUCAAACCAGUUACAAAAAACCAAUGCAAUUCUUCUCACCUUGAAUGUACUGUUGGAGGUUGAUGAAGCAUUACAGAAUUUCUCAACUUCACUAAAAGAGCAAGAAUAUAUGAAAGCAUGUGAUCUGUUGUCUUUAUUGCAAGAGCAAAUGAAACAUUUGAAAUAUGGGAAAACAUGCAAAAUGAAAAUUGUGAAAUGUUUAGAAACUGAGUUGAGAGUGAAUGAAGAAACCCUUAUUUAUUCACUGAGUCAAGCCUGGACCAAUGCUGUCAUUUGGAAAGUUCCCCUAGUUAAAGACUCGCACAAGUUUGACAGUAUCUUGACAACUCAAUUAAAAAUUGCUAUUGGCCAUAAAAUACAGGAUGUAAUGGGAGCCAUGUCUGCUGCCAAAAUCCUGAACAACAGAUUGCAGUCAUUCAGUAAAAAAUUGGUUGACAAUUUAUUCCGACACUUGAUUUUAUUUGGAAACGUUGAGCCUAAAAUAGAAACUACCUACCAGUAUGUUGUAAUAAGUUUGAAGAGGAAUGGUAGAGGUAAAGGUCAUAUUGCACCACAACAGCUUUACAAAUAUCUGCUAAUUGUACUGGAUACAAUACGAAAACAGUUUAUGAAUGUGAAGAUUGAAGCCACUGAAAAUAACACUGGUGUAUCACUCAUGAAGAUAUUGGGUGAUUGUAUAUGGAAGGACUUGUCUGUGACUGUUAUAAACCACUGCCUUGUACAUUCAAUACCUACCUCAAGUACCCAGUUGGAAAGUUACAUGGAAGUCAUCAAAGCUACAGAAGAAUUUGAGAUGAAACUUGCUGAAUGGGGCUUCCUUACUGAAGGUACCUCCCCACUGUUGACAUAUGCCAGGGAUGUCAAUGUACACUUUGCAAACAAAAAGUGUCAAGAUCUGAUUGUAAAAGCUAGAAGUCUGAUGAUGACUGAUCUACACAAUACUGUCUAUAUUGGAGAUGAGUCUCCACCAGAAAAAUUACAAAAGUUGCAUAGUAGUGAUGCCAGAGAUGAAAAGACAGCAAUAGCUGACAAAGACGUCUUAAGUGAGGGCACACUACAACUACCAAAAUGUCAAAUUAGUCAGUCUGUUCAUCAGUUGAUGAAUGUGGCUUAUGAAACAUUACAAGAAGCUGUUACAAGCACAACACAGUGUGCUAUCCAGUUGUUCUACACUGUCAGAAACAUGUUUGAACUGUUUUGUGAUGUAGUACCAACAUAUCAUAAACAGAGUUUGCAAGAAUUACCUCAGCUAUCAGCAUUGCAUCAUAAUAACUGUAUGUACAUAUCUCAUCAUUUGCUGACAAUGGGACAUCAAUACAAGAACCAGUUACCAUCACCGCUCUGUGAUGGUGCUGCAACAUUUGUAGACAUGGUACCAAUCUUUAGAAAACUGGCAACUGACUGUUUUCUCCAACAAAUGAGAAUACAGCGUACACAAAUGAUGGAAAGUCUGUCCGGUGCUUCAGGCUUCAUUCAAGUGGAAGAAGAUGACAAUAGGAAGACAGCUGAAAAAGCCAUCAAACAGGUUCUGCAUCAGUUGAACCAUCUCAGCAGAGUGUGGAAUGAAGUCCUACCAUCGUCAGUUUAUGUCAAAGCCAUGUCAACGCUAAUUAAUACUGCCUUGUUGGAAAUCAUUAAUAAAGUUACAGCAUUAGAGGAUAUUUCAGUUGAUGAUUCGGAUCAGUUGAAAUCAUUAUUUACAAUUAUUGUUGACAAAGCACCACCACUUCUCCAACUGGACAUUUCAGAGGAAGUAUACCCACUAGAAGUGCAUGUAAAUCAGUGGAGGAAGUUUAAUGAAUUGAUUAUUGUCUUAGAAGCGAGUCUACAAGAGAUUGAAGACAGAUGGACAGAUGGAAAGGCAAGAAAUACAUCUGGUAUUCCAUGUGCAAAGCACACAAUUGGGAGUCUGCAGUUACCCUGUCUGUAA